GUCAUUUGACAAUUGAAUUAAUAUUACGAUUUACAUUUUACGACUUACGAGUCGACGAGCUAUAAAAAGAAAACAAUAAAAUAUAUUAUUUUAUUACUUGAAUGGAGCUUCAGUCAAUUCUGGUUAAUCAAUUAUCAUUUUCAUAUUUAUUUUAGACACUUCGGUAUAACAAUUAGAAAUCUUUAGUUGAGUAUGAUUCAAAACAAAUUAUAAAUAUGAGUUUUCUCACUGUGGAUGGGCCGAAACCUUCCACCAGUUCGGAAAAAAGUGAUUAUAUAGAAAAUGAGGAUCUUGAGUAAUCUUUCAGGUGGAUAACUCACAGAGUGUUUUACUUAAGAUUGCUAAUUUGUAUGCUGAGCAGUUAAUGAGUGAUUUAGUACUUGAAGUGGGAGGUGUUGAUUAUUCAGCUCAUAGGCUGAUAUUGUGUGCUAGUAGUGAAGUCUUUCAGGUAAUGUUAAUGAACAGAGAAUGGAAUGAGUGGCGUGAAAGCAAGAUAGUAUUGCAGGAGACACCCACAGCUGCAUCAGUCUUCCCACACUUUCUCAAGUAUUUCUAUACAGGACAAAUAAAAAUUUCUUACAACACAGUAUUACCUGUUCUGUCUUUGGCAGACAAAUAUAAUGUUAAGGACUUAGUGUCACUAUGUUUGGAGUACAUGUCCCAACACAUAGCAUUGGCUGCCAAGAAGGGACAAGUGAUCAAUUGGAUGCAGUACACUAUGGCGUGCGGACAUACCAAUGUUGCUAAGGCAUGUCAAAAUUUUGUGAAAUGGAACAUGGAAUGGGUGUGGGGUCAUGCAGAUCUUUCAGAGCUGGAGGAUGAAACCUUGCUGCUUCUACUACAGCAGAGUGAUCUAGUUUUGCAUAAUGAAUGCAGUUUGUAUCGGUUUACAGUGGACUGGCUGCACCGGCAGAAACAAAGAUUUAGUCACUCGGAGGAAAAUGCCUGUGAAUGGAAACAGCAUUGGGAGACACUAGUUACCACCGUCUUUUCACACAUUAGGUUCCCAAUGAUGUGUCCGUCUCAGCUGGCCAAGCUGCUGCUGUGCAGCUUGACGCAGGAGUACAAGGAGUUCUUCAUGGAGCAGAUGGCCAUCGCCAUGAGCUACCAGUCAGGUCAAAACGAGCGAGUCGCCGAGAUUCAAGAGAGCGAUCACGGCCGUAUGUUGUUCACUCCUCGGCUUUACACGGAAGAUAUUUGGGGUUCGAUUCUCGGCGUGGACAAUUUUCAUUCGCUGCCCUGCUAUCACACGCGCACGUUCAUAUUCUCGACGCGGCCCAGCGUGGUGGACGUGGCACCCGAGCGCCUGAGCGAGUGGACGGUGGAUCUGUACCCGAAGGGGGUCUGGUUCAAGAAGAGUAUGCUCAUCGCCUGGUCCGGGACUUACGAUGUCCCGGAAGUGGUCCUCCGCACGGUGCGCAUCUCCAUCACGUGUCAGAGCUGCCCCGACCCCGUGACGUGCGACUUCGCCUGCGAGGACGACGUCCGGGUGAAGGUGGGCGUGCUCGUGUGGGGCGUACAAAAUGGCGUCGAACACGUCGCGUCCGUGGUCGAGAGGAUUCAUCGCUUCUCAUCACAGAACAGGGUGCUGAACGUAGAUGGCGCUUUGGAUUUCGACGAAUUGAACACGCCCCUCUACACGCCGGCCGCGGCCGCCUCGCCUCUUAACAAACCAUCGGGGCGGUGUUUGAAAUGCACGGAAAAUUGUGACGCCCCGGAGCCCAAACAUUUGUUGGGCCCGAAUAGAGAUCAACUGCGGAUCCAAGUGGUGAUCGUGCCGCUGACCGACUUCUGUCACGUCUCUGCGCCGGAUGGAUGACCGCGAGCUCCGUCUCGCUCGCACAUAUGUCGAGCGAAAGAGAUAGCCAUAUCCGCGUCGAACGAUUGUAAUGCCACGGCGUUAAUCACUUAGAAGAUUCUGCUAUUUUGUUUUUACUUUUGAAAUUUUGUUAUGUAAUUAAUUAUAGAUACUAUUUACUUAUCGGGAUCGAAACAAUGUUCUAUGAAAAAGUUAGUUCAAAACAUUUACACAGUUACGGUUGCAUCUUAUUAGUUAAAUAAGAUUGUAUGUGUGCAUAAUCUAGUAUAGAACGUUGUUCUUUGACUGUGGAAGUUGACUUGGAUUCCUACGUUCUAUACAUAUAGCGACAGUGAUUGAACCCCUGAUGAAGAAUAAAUUUGUGCCAAAGGCAAAGACAAUUUGGGACUUAUAGUAUAAGAUCCCGAUAUACAACGACCUUCACCGAGAUGCUUAUUUAAUGAAACGUAUUUUAUAUUUAAUCUAAUAUGUCAAUAAAUAUAAUCCAUAUGGGUUGCCUA